CGUUUGCAAGAGAAUCCAGACCGGUUAUUGCCUCUCCCGAGCCUACCGACAGAUAGCAUCAGCGGUAGGAGGGGAUACGGAGACUCCUGCAGGCUAAUUGUAGCAGCCAGCGUUUGCAGGUGUAACACUGAUCCCUCUGUGCGAGAAACUGGGGUUUAAUCUAGGCGAGCCGUUCUGUGACUUAAGAGAGAGAAAGAGAGAGAGAGAGAGAAAAAAAAACUGGGAGAAUGUUGUACCAAGUACAAUGAGAACAGAUUUGUCUCGCGCGCACAAUUUCACCUGUGACUCCCGCGAACACAGAUUUGAUGAGCAAUUUUGAAGCGUCUUUGGAAUCUUAAAAAAAAGUGGAUCUCGUUUAUUUGACAAUCAUGAGAAAUACUUGGUUGUCGCCGCGGAGUGCGCUUUUGGAAUACUGUACAGCGCUUGUUUUGUCUCUCUUUUGGAUUCAGUAUUCUUGCGGGAUGCCCCAUGUCAUUCGAAUAGGAGGGAUUUUUGAGCAGACGGAGGGCCCGGUGGCCAUCGUCAGCGCGGAGGAGCAGGCCUUCAAGUUCGCCGUCAACAACAUCAACAGGAACAGGACCCUGCUGCCCAACACCACGCUCACCUACGACAUCCAGAGGAUCAACAUCUACGACAGCUUCGAGGCGUCCCGGAAAGCGUGCGACCAGCUGUCGCUGGGGGUGGUGGCCAUCUUCGGCCCCUCCCACAGCUCCUCGUCCAACGCCGUGCAGUCCAUCUGCAACGCCCUGGAGGUGCCGCACAUCCAGGUGCGGUGGAAGCACCACCCCAUGGACAACCGAGACACCUUCUACGCCAACCUCUACCCCGACUACUCCUCCCUCAGCUACGCCAUCCUCGACCUGGUCCAGUUCCUCAAAUGGAAGACCGCGACAGUCGUGUACGAUGACAGCACGGGUCUUAUAAGACUACAGGAACUCAUAAUGGCCCCCUCCAGGUACAACAUCAGGUUAAAAAUUCGGCAGCUCCCCCUGGACUCCGAGGACACCCGGCCGCUCCUCAAGGAGAUGAAGAGGGGGAGAGAGUUCCGGAUCAUCUUCGACUGCAGCCACACGAUGGCUGCGCAGAUCUUAAAGCAGGCCCUGGCCAUGGGUAUGAUGACGGAGUAUUACCACUACAUCUUCACCACUCUGGACCUGUUCGCCCUGGACCUGGAGCCGUACCGCUACUGCGGUGUGAACAUGACCGGCUUCCGCAUCCUGAACGUGGACAACCCCCAGGUGGCGUCCAUCGUGGAGAAGUGGUCCAUGGAGAGGCUGCAGGCCACGCCCAAACCGGAGUCCGGCCUCCUCGACGGGGUCAUGACGACAGAUGCUGCUCUGACGUACGACGCGGUCCACAUCGUGUCCGUGUCCUACCAGCACGCCCCGCAGAUGACCGUCAACUCGCUGCAGUGCCACCGGCACAAACCCUGGAGGUUCGGCGGGCGCUUCAUGAGCUUCAUCAAGGAGGUGAGAGACAAACGGACGGACGGACGGAUGGAUGGACUGACAGACGUGUACUGACACAGUGCUGUGACGGGCGUUAGGCUCGGAUUCGACCUGGAAUCACUCAAAGAGGACUCUGUUAACAAGGAAGCAGUGGGGAAGUGGAGCUCCUCGGGCGGCCUCAACAUCACCGAGCUUCCCAAACGGAGAGGGCUUAACAUCACGGACUCGCUGUCCAACCGCUCGCUCAUCAUCACCACCAUCCUGGAGGAGCCGUACGUGAUGUUUCGGAAGUCGGACAAGGCGCUGGCGGGGAACGAGCGGUUCGAGGGCUUCUGCAUCGACCUGCUGAAGGAGCUGGCCAACGUGCUGGGCUUCUCCUACGAGAUCCGGCUGGUGCCCGACGGGCGCUAUGGCUCGCAGGACGAGAAGGGCCAGUGGAAUGGGAUGGUGCGGGAGCUGAUGGAGCACAAAGCAGACCUUGCCGUGGCCCCCCUCACCAUCUCGUACCUGCGGGAAAAGGUGAUCGACUUCUCCAAGCCCUUCUUGAGCACGGGGAUCAGCAUCCUGUACCGGAAACCCAACAGCACCAACAACGGCUUCUUCUCCUUCCUCAACCCCAUGACCCCCGACAUCUGGGUCUACAUCCUGCUGGCCUACCUGGGCGUCAGCUGCGUCCUCUUCGUCAUCGCCAGAUUCAGCCCGUACGAGUGGUACGAUGCCCACCCCUGCAACCCCGGGUCAGAUGUGGUGGAGAACAACUUCACCCUCCUCAACAGCUUCUGGUUCGGCGUGGGAUCCCUGCUGCAGCAAGGCUCGGAGCUGAUGCCCAAGGCCCUGUCCACCCGCAUCAUCGGCGGGAUCUGGUGGUUCUUCACCCUCAUCAUCAUCUCCUCCUACACCGCCAACCUGGCGGCCUUCCUGACCGUGGAGCGCAUGGACCAGCCGGUGGAGUCCGCAGACGACCUGGCCAAGCAGACCCGGAUCGAGUACGGCGUGGUGAAGGACGGGGCCACCAUGACCUUCUUUAAGAAAUCCAAGGUCUCGACGUUCGAGAAGAUGUGGGCCUUCAUGAGCAGCAAGCAGAACACGGCGCUGGUGAAGUCCAACGAGGAGGGCAUCCAGAGGGUGCUCAAGUCCGACUACGCCCUGCUGAUGGAGUCCACCACCAUCGAGUACGUCACCCGCAGGAACUGCAACCUCACCAAGGUCGGCGGCUCCAUCGACAGCAAGGGCUACGGCAUCGGCACUCCGAUGGGCUCCCCCUACAGGGACAAGGUGACCAUCGCCAUCCUGAGCAUCCUGGAGGACGGCCGGCUGCACAUGCUGAAGGAGAAGUGGUGGGGCGGGAGCGGCUGCUCCGAGGAUGAGCGGCGGGAGGCCGGGCCAUUGGGCAUCCAGAACCUGGGCGGGAUCUUCAUCGUGCUGGCCGCCGGAUUGGUCCUCUCCGUCUUCGUGGCCAUCGGGGAGUUCAUCUACAAGCUGCGGAAAACCGCGGAGCGCGAGCAGCGGUCGUUCUGCAGCGCCAUGGCGGACGAGAUCCGGCUGUCGUUCACGUGCGAGCGGCGGGUGAAGCACAAGGCGCCGGCGCCGGCGAUGGUGAAGACGGACGCGGUGAUCAACAUGCACAGCUUCAACGACCGCCGGCUCCCGGGCAAGGACAGCAUGGCGUGCCCGGCGGGCAUGACGCCCGUGUUCCCAUGACAGACAGAGCCGGCCUGCCCGGGGCCGACAGAGCGCCGCGCCGCCGCCGCGGAGACCCCCGGCCCGUCUCCGCGGCAACACCCGCCGCCGCCGCCGUCCGGCGCCCGCGACGACCGGGACGGCGGCGG